GUUAAAAUGGCGCAGAAAGGAGUUCAGCUUGGACAGAAACGCUGCUUUUGUUCAAUCUGUCUGAAUCUACCGAGGGAGCCCGUCACCAUCUCCUGCGGACACAGCUACUGCACGAACUGUAUUAAGAGCUUCUGGGAUAAAGAAGACCAGAAAGGGAUACACAGCUGCCCCCAGUGCAGGGAAACUUUUUUGAGUCCUGUCCUGGAAAAAAGCACCACAUUAGCAGUUUUAACUGAUCAGCUGAAGACAGCUGCUCUUGCUGAUCACUGCUACGCUGGAGCUGAAGAUGUAGCCUGUGAUGUCUGCACUGGAAGAAAACUGAAAGCUGUCAAGUCCUGUUUAUUCUGUCUGACCUCUUACUGUGAGAAUCACCUUCAGCCUCAUUAUGAUUCAGCUCCAUUUAGGAAACACAAGCUGGUGGAGCCCUCCAAGAACGCCCAGAACAACAUCUGCUCUCGUCACAACGAGGUGACUAAGAUGUUCUGUCAUACUGAUCAGAAGAGUAUCUGUUCUCGCUGCUCUGUGGAUGAACAUAAAAGCCAUAAAGUGGUCUCAGCUGCAGCAGAGAGGACGGAGAGGCAGAGAGAGCUCGAGGUGAGGCGAGAAACGAUCCAGCAGGAGAUCCAGGACCGAGAGAAAGAUGUGGAGCUGCUUCAACAGGAGGUGGAGGCCAUCAAUCAGUCUGCUGAUAAAACGGUGGAGGACGGUGAGGAGAUCUUCACUCAGCUGAUCCGUCUCAUCCAGAAAAGAAGCUCUGACGUGAAGCAGCAGAUCAGAGCCCAGCAGGAAACUGAAGUGAGGCGAGUCAAAGAGGUUCAGGAGAAGCUGGAGCAGGAGAUCACCGAGCUGAAGAGGGAGGAUGCCGAGCUGAAGCAGCUCUCAUACACAGAGGAUCACAACCAGUUUCUCCACAACUGCUCCUCAGUGUCAGCACUCGGUGAGUCUCCACACUCAUCCAGCAUCAACAUCCGUCCUCUGAGAUACUUUGAGGACGUGACAGCAGCCGUGUUGGAGCUCAGGGACAAAUUGCAGAAUAUGUUGAGAGACAGCUGGACAAACAUCUCAUCGACGGCCACGGAUUUGAAUAUUUUACUGUCACAACAAGAGCCAAAGAGCAGAGCUGACUUUUUAAAAUAUGCAUGCGAGAUCACGCUGGAUCCAAACACGGCACAUACAAAGCUGCUGCUGUCAGAGGGGAACAGGAAAGUGUCAUUUACUAAACAACCUCAGCUCUAUUCUAGUCAUCCAGACAGAUUCACUGAGUGGAAUCAGGUUCUGAGUAAAGAGAGUCUGACAGGGCGCUGCUACUGGGAGGUGGAGUGCAGCAGGAGGGUUUACAUUGCAGUCACAUACAGGAGUAUCAGCAGAGCAGGGGGUGGAAAUGACUGUGGAUUUGGACGCAAUAACAAAUCUUGGGCGUUGUAUUACUUCAAAUAUGGUUGUGACUUUUUGCACAACAACGUGUCUACCUCCAUCUCAGGCCUCAAGUCCUCCAGAGUGGGAGUGUACCUGGAUCACAGUGCAGGAAUUCUGUCUUUCUACAGCAUCUGUGAUGCGAUGACUCUCCUCCACAGAGUCCAGACCACGUUCACUCGGCCGCUUUACACUGGACUUCGGAUUUACGGCGCCGAAAACACGGCUAAGUUCUGUAAACUCGUGGAGACAGAAUUCACUGAAGGUUAA